UUAUUUUAUAAAAAUCUAAUACAAAAACAAUUUUAACUUCAACAAUAUUAUUUAUUUUGUCAAGUAUUUGAUUGAAGUAAUUGUCACACAUUCAGUAUUUUGAACGAACCCUCUCUCUUACUCUCUUUUACCGCAUGCAGUGCUACGUGCACUGUAUUCUUGUACAUUUUUUAGAAUAAACUCGGGUCUGUACACAGUGCGGCAUCAUGGUGCUAGACUUAGACUUAUUCCGUGCCGAUAAAGACGGUAACCCGGAUAAAAUCCGUGAAAAUCAGCGUAAGAGGUUCAAAGAUGUUGCUCUCGUCGACACCGUGGUGGAACAGGAUACCCUUUGGAGGAGAUUGCGCCACGAAGCUGACAAUUAUAACAAGCUGAAGAAUGUGUGUAGCAAAGCUGUGGGUUUGAAGAUGAAGAACAAGGAAGCUUUAGGGCCAGAGGAUGAGCCCGUGCCAGCUGAAUUGGCUGAGAAACUGGUGGACCUCACUGCAGAUGACUUGAAACCUCUGACAGUGAACCAGAUCAAAAAGGUCAGACAACUGAUAGAUGAUGCCAUAGUAAAGAACGAACAGGCUCUAGUGGUGGCAGAGAAGGCUCGUUCAGCAGCUCUCCGAGAAGUGGGGAACCACCUCCACGAGUCUGUGCCAGUGGAUGAUGACGAGGACCACAACAAAGUUGAGAGGACACACGGAGACUGCACCUUCAGGACCAAGUACUCCCAUGUAGACCUUAUUUGUAUGAUUGACGGUAUGGACGGUGACCGAGGUUCAGCGGUAGCUGGUGGCAGAGGAUACUACCUCAAGGGUCCCGCAGUGUUUCUAGAGCAGGCCUUAAUCCAGCUCUCCCUUAGAAUACUAUUAGAUAAAGGCUACACGCCACUUUACACUCCAUUCUUCAUGAGGAAGGAGGUGAUGCAAGAAGUAGCUCAACUAGCUCAAUUCGACGAGGAGUUGUACAAAGUAGUGGGCAAAGGCUCUGAGAAUAAGGGAGACUCCGCUGUGGAGGAGAAGUAUCUCAUCGCCACCUCUGAGCAGCCAAUCGCUGCUUACCACAGAGACGAGUGGCUGCCUGAGGCUUCGUUACCCAUUAAGUAUGCAGGCCUCUCAACUUGCUUCCGUCAAGAAGUAGGCUCCCAUGGACGUGAUACUCGUGGUAUCUUCAGGGUACAUCAAUUUGAAAAGGUAGAACAGUUCGUACUGACCUCUCCCCACGACGAUGCCUCAUGGAAGAUGAUGGAUGAGAUGAUCACAAAUGCUGAGGAGUUCUACAAGCUACUGAAUAUACCAUACCGUGUCGUGAACAUCGUGUCCGGUGCUCUGAACCAUGCUGCCUCAAAGAAGCUGGACUUGGAAGCUUGGUUCCCAGGGUCUGGAGCCUUCCGUGAGCUGGUGUCAUGCAGCAACUGUCUGGAGUACCAGGCUAGAAGACUGUUGGUCAGAUACGGUCAAACGAAGAAGAUGAACACGGCGACGGAGUACGUGCACAUGUUGAACGCGACCAUGUGCGCCACCACGCGCGUCAUCUGCGCCAUACUCGAGGUCAACCAGACUGAGGAGGGCAUCAAGUAUGAGCAUGAGGUAGUGUCUAAAUCUGUUGUCACGUUGACCACAGUGUCCAUGUCCACCAAAUAUUCCAUUCUUGUACCUGAAGCUUUGAAACAAUGGAUGCCUACACAAUACCAAGAGUUGAUCCCCUUCACCAAACCAGCUCCCAUUGAUUUAGAAGCAGCCGCUGCAGCCGCCAAGAAAAACAAGAAUAAGAAACCACCACAGAUGGGGCCCAAUAGGGCUGAUACCCGAUACGAAGCCGCAGAAGGGCUAACGGACGGGUUGCCGAGGCUCCAGCACGAAGAGCAGGAAUAG